CUUCUUAUGCAAGGUAAUUCUGGCUGACCUAUUUUGCAAGCUUCGAAAUGCAUUAUGUUUAUGGGCGAAGUUUUCCAAUAUUUACACUUUAUUGCAUCUACAUUCCGAUUCCAUCGUGUUUCUUAGGAAGAUAUCUCUUCAUCUUAACAACAAGUUCUUCCUUUUGGUCAUUUCGCGCGUAUGGAUCAUUGGCCAAUACUUCCUAUCAGCAACCUCACAGCCUCACCGAUAUCUACCUCUGGUAUCGAUGCGCCCCAGGCGUUUGGAGCUCGUUGCUUCGCAGCAGGAGUUCCGAAGGAAGUCCAAGCCUACCGGGGGAAGGCCAUCACCGAAGCGGAUUGGCCAACUCCAGUCAUCUACCGUCUUUAUAUCAGUGAGAAUUUAACAUUCCCUAAAGUCAAGGAGGCACUGAAUGUCGAAUUCAAGUUCAACAUCACGUAAGUUUUCCCAUGGUAAACAUGUGUUUUGGCAUGUGGUGAACCUAAUAUCUUGAUGAGAGAAAAAGAAAACGGCAAUUCACUCGGAAAAUCGAAAAAUGGGGCUUCAGAAAGAACUUUAGAAAAGAUGAAAGAGAAGAAAUCGUUAAGGGUGAAAACAUUCCGCAAAGAUUCAUCCACGACUCACGAGUCAAUCGAAAACGGGUUGAGCGCCUACAACGGAGAAAUGGUGUGCACAUGAAUGUUGGAUCAGACAAUCAAAGCAGCGGCAUGCUCCCAACUCAAGAUCGCACGCAAUCUAAAACAGCUAAGAUUUUCGAAGAAGAUCCUGGAAGCCACGACACGAUAUCUAAAGAGAUUCCCGCGUCAAACAAUCCAGGCGAUACGGCCAUUACAGGGUCAAUUGGUCCACGGAAAUCUAAUCAAGCAGAUGAUGACAGCUCUCGACUUUCGCGAUUAAUUGAAUCGUCUAGACAGCUUGAGGUUAAAAAAAUCAUUACAACCACAAGUUUUGACAACAGAGAUGAGAAUAUAGAAGAAAGACAAGACAUAUGUGAAAGGGAGAUAAUUCAUGCCUGGAAACGAGUUGAAGGAGCUUCACAAACCAUACGGCAGCAGUUUAGCAUGCAGCGAACCGUGUCUCAGUCAACGAAAGGUCACUAUCGAGAAGAAUCUUGUACCAAGACCACACAACAGGACAUAAUUCAAAAAUGUCUCAAUCUCAUUGCAAUCUCAUUCUCAAAUUAAACUUUCCCCGACAUCGGUAAUCCCUAAAAAUUGCGCAUAGAAGGGCCUGAUUCAGUCAUGCGCGUCGCUUAAAAAGGAGUCAAGAAGAGGGGACAAGAAUAAAUUAUCGAAAGUGAAAAGAAUUUACCCUCACAUUCUUCAAGAGUUAUAUCAACCGUGAAGCGCUUGACUUUACUUGCC